AUGGCCGAAAGUGUGGUCGUCAAUUCUGCGACGGCGAGUGGGGUGACACUGCCAUCCGGCUUUAUUGCAAAGGGCGGGCGGUAUCGCGUUUGCACGUGCAGCUUGCGAGCACACAGUCGCAGAGUGGGCAAAGCAGGUAAGGCAGUGAAUCCCUUCACGUACGACGCGCAGCUGUACGAUUACCGCCGGAUGUGGAACAACAUGCGGCCGCAAUUCGACACGAACGCGAUAGUGCCGUCUCCUCCCGUGCAAGCCUACUACCGUGCCAGCACGGCCAAGGAGCUAACAGUGCAACGACGGGCCUCCGCUGCAGGCCGCAUGGUCUUCCGCAGUACAGACACCCUUGACCCAGCCCGCGACUUGCCGCCGGCCAUUCUCCCGCAGGACCAACAAGUCCCCAGGAAGUCUCCAUCGUUCUACUCCUACACCGACGAUGUGGCGAGAACAGCGGCCUCGGAGACGGCGGACGCAAGGCCAGUCGGCAUGGAGAACUCGGGGUUAGCAUUACGUGCCUCUCAGUUUUCGCGGCAACAAGGCAGCGGCUACACCGGUGCUAUCCAUCGACAGCCCACACAAUUUGCGCAACGUGAUUGGUGGAGUUCGCACGUGACCGAAUACUACUCGGACUACACCCCAAAUUACGUGUUUCCGGAGACCACAUUCUUUUCCCCUGCAAACCGGCAGAGUGUUCUCGACAGUGUGCGCUCGAACAGCGGGGCUGUGAUCCCACCCGCGGAAAUUUCUGCAAGCACAGUGCCGGACUUACCGCAAUCCACUAUCCCCUCUGGGCAAUUGUUUUCCUCUCCUGCGGAUGCAUUAGCCAAUGUGCCUCCGACUGCGCAAGAACUAGAGCUAGACAUGCUUCACAGAGACCCUGCAGUAGUAUCGAGCUACGCUGGUGUUAGAACCGUGGCGUAUCCAGCCACUCCAUCGCACAGAGCCGAGGGCGGUCCAAGCUCAGCAAAGCCACCUCCGCUGGGCUACAUUGAAUCGCUACACGGAAACGGCGGGGUUUCGGCUUCACCUUACGUUGCUCCACAGACCUUUUACAAUAAAAGGGUCAGAAGAAGACGACUGCAGGACAGGGAUGUUGAAGGCCACGAUGUAACAGUGACAAGCAGUAGUGCGCGUCGGCUAUCGUACCACAGUUCAGCCAGCGGAACAUCUGCCCACAGCCACACCCCAGCGUCACCAACAAUGACACCGCCCACAACUGCCACGCCGAUGACAGCAGCAUCAGCAAGCGGAUUUACCUCUGCCACAGCUAGCAGCACAACUGGUUCGACGACAACCAGCUACAACAGCGGAACAACCCCGACCAUGUCGAAUCAAGGUAGCGGUGUAGGAGGGACAACACAAAUGUCUACCACAAUGUCAGGAACAACAGCGACAAUGAACUCCGGCUCUGGCCGAGUGGUUCCUCUUUAUGUGGAACAGUACAAUCCUGUAUAUCCAGAGCAGUACUUUGCCAGCCUUGAGCCAGCUCCAGCACCGUUGCUCGAGGCAGACUUUGAGGUGUGCGGAUCGCAUCUAGAUUUCGCAUCCGAAGUUGGACAGGUUGACAUUGCGGGAGUUACAGAUCCGGAGACCACGUACACAUGCGCACUCGGUAAGACAGAGCUGCGGCCGGUGAAGCCAGGUCUGGAUCUAUCCAUGUUGCGAGUUUCUGAAGACCGCGAUAUGGUCGCGCAAACAGGAGAAGCCACGGACGCUGCUCGGUCUUCAUCAUCUUCUGAUGCCAGCUCGUCGGCAGGUAUGGAGGUAGUG